CUGUAGCCUUUCAGUCGUAGAAAGUUUCUGUAGCCUUUCAGUUGUAGAAAGUUUCUGUAGCCUUUCAGUCGUAGAAAGUUUCUGUAGCCUUUCAGUUGUAGAAAGCAGCACAAUAGAAUUGGAUCUAUCAAGCUAACUAUGAACAAGUAUGAAGUGUAAUUCCCACAGGAAAUGACUUAGUCACCAAACUGACACGUACUAUUAAAUAGUAUUGACUGAUUUAGUCACGUAAUUGUUAUGAAGGCCUUUACAAUAAAUUAGAUAUAUAUAUAUCCCAACAUGUACAUCGUAUUUUUGUCUGCAAGAAUAGUAACUAGAUGUGUAGAGGAUGCGAUCUAGCAGACGUUACUGGACUAGUUGCAACAUUUCUCUCUUCAAACAAACUGGAGACAGGUCUCUCUUACUUUCAAAUUCCAGUUAGAAAUUGUCUGCUUCAAACCUGUUACCAAUACUCUCAUCUUUCCAAGAAAAACUGAAAGACAUUUGAUUACAAGGAAAAACAAACGUGCAAAGCUUCGAUGUUAAUCAUUACAACACAUUGAGCCCAACGCUGGCGGGUUUGAAAUCUGGCCACGAGGCAGAUGUAAAGCACACUUAACUGUUUUAGUGUUUUGUUCCGGUUUAUUUGGUCUCACUUCUUGUGUUACUCUUUCUUGUGGAUACUAGAGCAUGUUUACCCUAGAGUCAUUCUAUUGGGAUUCUGUGCGUCUGGACAAUUACAGUGAUAAAAAAAACAGAAGAUAGUGAUUGAUAAGAAAGAUCUCUUUGAGUUCAGGUACUCACUUCACACAGUACAGAUCCUAGAUUUGAAGGGGCAGUAACUCCACUAUGACCGUGACAAGCCGGUGAUGCUGGAACUUGAAGCCUUGCCCCAGACCAUAGUAUACACCAUUAUAGUCGUUACUAUGGCAACGUUGUUUCUGUGCUGCUGGCGCAAGAAGUCCCGAAGCGGCGGCGUGACCGACGGCAAGACCUCUAAAGUCAAACCGGACUCCGUCAAGGGCCCUGAUAAAUCCAAGGAAAGUUCCCCAAGUCCCGUUGUUGAGAAAUCCGGAAACGGGUCGGCGAUUCCAAGUCCAAGUCCUGCCUCUCAAGCUACACCAGAAUUAGGAGACUUUUCUGUGGUUCAAAGGGAAACAGAAAUCUUAAGAUCAUAUAGAAAACCAGCCCCUCCUAAGAACAGAGCAAGACAGAGCAGGGCCCCGAGAGCAUUAAACCGUUCAACAGAAAACUUGGACAUUUUUACAGAACUGAGUGAAGAUGAACUCAAGUCAAGUGAUGAGAAUGAUGAGAACACAACUGACCACUUGGAUAGCAGCAAGACAGAUGACAACAGAAAACAAGAUGAGGAGGCCAUUCAACUUCGUCCCCACUCAGAGAAUGACAAUUCCAAAAGAGAAACCAGAUCCUCAAUGUUGGCAGACAUUGAAAACACUUUAGCUAGGCUACACUCCACAGAGGAAAGUAAUGCAGUGGAGGAGGCCACAGCUUCAGACUUGUCUGGUAAAGAAGCAGUGACAAGCCUAGAAACAGGCAGGUCAAGCCCUCAUGCGGACCAACACGAGGGUCACUCAUCCCAGUCAAACUCAGCCCAUUCUAGUCCUUCAAAUAAGCCCAAAGUAGCCCCCAAGGUCAGCCCCAAACCUAUCCCUAGGAAAAGAAAUGCUCCCAGUCAAACACAUGUCUCUCAAGAUGACAAAACGCCAACUGAGUCAUCAUCAGACACAAAGACAAAUGAAGCUGUCUCAGCAGAUCAUGUCACAUCUUCUCAGGCUCAAGUGACAUCUGCCCCUCAGCAUGUCAACUCUUUACUCACUCUUGUUGAAACAGAAGAAAGUUUGGCAGCCAAGGUGACAUCCCCACAGGAAGACACUGUGCCAAUUAAUACAGCCACAGAGAGUGAACAGUCACAAAUAGACUCUGACAGCACAUCCGAGCAGGAAUGUUCUCAGCCUGCACCAGAAACUGAAUGUCAGACAACCAAAGAAACCAACAUUAAAGUUUCUGUUGAGGACUUAUCCAAACCCACAGAGGCAAACAUCUCUGUGCAAGACACUCAGCAGACAGUUGACCAGGCAUCAGCUUCUUGUGACACGAAACCAGAAGAAGAUGAGACUCUCACCAAUGACAAAACAACAAAGCAAACAAUAACUGAAACUGAAGCGGAUUCCCCUUUAAAUCAGGAUUCAGAUGAACAAAAACAUUUACAAACAGAAAGAAAGUCUCCUGAACAAUAUCCUGCUGCAGAUGCUGAAUCAAGGGCAAGUCUCAAAGAAGUCGGUAGGACAGAGACUGGACAAGAGACUCAAAGCAGUGAGACUGAGGAACAAACAGACAAAGAACAGGAUAAAACAGAGUUGACAGACGACCAAAUAGCCAAAGGCAAACAAAGUAAAAUCCCAGUUCGAGCAGGAAUCAAGAGUGGAUCAAGUUCACAUCAAGACAAAACCUCAGCAACUAAAUAAAACAAACCAAGGAAAUGAAUGCCCCAUUCUAUUUUAUUUUGAGAACAAAAAGCCACAGUAACCAAGUCUUGAGGAUGAGGGAAAAAUUAACAAAUGGAAGAAAAUUGACUAAAGGAGAAAUGGUAUUCCCAUCUGGACUAUAUUUAGAUCAAUGCAUUGUGUGUAUAGGUUUGAGAUUACUUACAGUGCAUAUAUCAAGCUAAACAAAUGCAAACAUUUCCAUGAGAUCAUAUAUAUAUAUAUAUACUGUCAACUGCCAUAAAUAAUCCUUUGUUUUGAAUGUAAUUCUAUACAUAGCUUUAUUUCCAGACGUUACAUUCUAAUGUAUAAUAUAAUAAUGAGGCAAGCGUACCCUAUGAUAAAUGUGCCAAAUCUGUUUUCUAAAAGCAAUGAUUAUUUAUUUGACCUUUUAGUCACAUCUUUACGAAACAGAAUCGAAACAGAAUCGUAAAAAAUAACAUAUAGGUAUAUUCUUUGUCAAUUAUAAAACUUUUAUUUUGUAUUUUAAUAAUAUUAUAGGAACUAUAGGGGAUUUCAAGUCUUGUGGCUUCUAAAUGAAUUGUUUGAAAUUUUGUUCCUACAAAAAAAAAAUUGUAAUUUAAAUUAUACAAGUCUACCUCUCUCUCUCUCUCUCUUCCCAUACAUGCUUAGGAUGACUGUGUCAAAGCAUUGAUGUUUUUGUUGCUAUUUUGCUUUUGUUGUUCAUGAUUUACACUGGUGCAAUUGGUUCACAAAGGACACUAUUAACAGUAUUUAAAUAUUUAUUUUAUGUUGCAAGCUGACAUGCUUUGUUUUUUUCAAGGGGAGACUAUCUUUAAGUGGCCUUUAAAGAGAAAAUUAAUACCUCUAAAAAAAACAAAAAAAAAACUAGAAGACAAACUUAAAACUUGAAGUUAAUGAAAGUUAAUUGUAUACACAUAAACCAUGAUUUAUAAACCAUGAUUUAGGCUGACAAAGUUUUGUGUGACCUAUAAAUAAUCACAGUCAAAACCUGUUAUGGAAAUUAUUUUUAAAAUAUUUUACGGCCUUAGACAAGACAACUACUAGAACCUACAAACAUUUUGAGUAAGUCCUGGUUACACACAAGAAAAGAAUCCUAUAGCCCAUAAGUUUUGUUUAGCCAAUAAAAUAGAGUCAUUACCUAGUGAUUCUAACACAGAUUAAUUUUGUUAGCUAUAAUAUGAUUUGCAAUCUAAACUUAAAUAAAAUCAUGUCCAUUAAAAACCUGGUCUUCCAUUACUCUUGUUUCCUAAAGAACUAAUGUCAAAAAAUAGAAGCUACUAGAUAGCAGUCUAGAUAGUAUUGCAUAAUAAUCAAUGAAGCAAGAGAGUUUCUCAUCACAAAGCUUUAAACCAGAAUUAGCCACUGAAAUCCCCCCCUUGCUCCCCCCCCCCAAAAAAAAAACAACAACAAUUAAUUACUAUUUCAUGGACAAUAUUAAGACACAUAUUUAAUUUGUAAUUAACAUAAACUGAUUUUCAUUUUUUCUUUGCAACCAACAAAUUGACAGUAUAAAAAAAAAUGCUAAUAGAAAGUUUUCUAAUUUUUAACUGAAAUGCAAAUGUUAUUUUAACUGACAGCAAUAUGCAUGAUACAUGUACAUAAUAGUGAGAUAUAUAUUACCAAUGUUUUGUUCUACACUAGUAAAUAAUAACUAAUGUUGUCCGCCUUGUUAAAUCAUUGACUGAUGUUGCUAUAGUUAUAAAAAGUAUGUUGUUCAUAUCAAUCCUAUUUUUACAAGAUAAUCCAGUGAUCAAAUAAUAAAGAGCUGUGUUGUUUUCUGAAGGUUUAAUGAUAGUGCCAAAUGAUAUACUAAUGAUUAGCUUAUGCUGAAAAUGUUUCUACAAAACAAUAAAGUUUGAAGACCUAUAAUGUCAUUGGAAGUAUUUUGGAAACUUGUUUGUGAUAAAAACUUUUAAUUAGUGAAUUUUGUGCUAUUGUUUAAACUCUGAUCACCAUGUUUGGAAAGUGCCUUAAUGCUUUUUGUUUUGCUUGUCUUAUUGCCUGAACCUAAAUAUGCAGAUGAAUAUUUUAUAAACAAUGUAUAGUAAUGUCUUGUACUUAAUGGAAAAUAAAAUCAAAUUAUGAACUAUUUA